AUGUCAUACCCAGCGUCAACAACCACCCCGCUCUACCUGACCGGUAACCAGGCGGGACUGAAGGAGUUCCUAGACAAAUUCGAUGUUGGUGCCCGGAGUCCGGAAUGGAAAUGCGUCCUCUGGUCCGGUGACCACUUAUUUCCUGGAACAGUUGAGACACUCGAAUUGCUCCGGAAGAAAGGGAAGCAAGUGGUCUUCGUGACGAAUAACAGCACCAAGUCUCGCGCCGACUACAAGAAGAAGCUAGAGGGUCUAGGAAUCCCGAGCACAGUGGAAGAAAUCUUCUCCUCCUCCUACAGCUCCUCGAUAUACAUCUCGCGCAUCCUGCAACUCCCCGCUGACAAGCGCAAAGUCUUCGUCAUCGGCGAGAGCGGCAUCGAGCAAGAACUGCGCUCGGAGAACGUCCCCUUCAUCGGCGGCACGGACCCGGCAUAUCGGCGCGAUGUGACGGCCGACGACUACAAGCAGAUUGCCGCCGGUGACCCCUCUGUGAUCGACCCGGAAGUCGGGGUCGUGCUCGUCGGGCUGGAUUUCCACUUGAACUAUAUCAAGCUCGCGCUGGCGUACCACUACAUCAAGCGCGGGGCGGUUUUCCUGGCAACAAAUAUCGAUUCGACGCUGCCUAAUUCGGGGACGCUGUUCCCCGGCGCGGGAUCGAUGAGCGCGCCGCUGAUUAUGAUGCUGGGACAGGAUCCUGUCGCAUUGGGGAAACCGAGUCAGGCUAUGAUGGAUGCGAUUGAGGGCAAGUUUCAGUUUGAUCGCAGUCGGGCAUGCAUGGUUGGGGACCGCGCGAAUACUGAUAUCCGGUUUGGGCUGGAGGGCCAGCUGGGCGGGACGCUGGGCGUGCUGACGGGGGUUAGCUCCAAGGAAGAUUUCGUAUCAGGUCCCGUGAGGCCGCUGGCCUAUCUGGAUAAGCUGGCGGAUCUGCUGGGCGCGGAGUCUUGA